GUAGCGGCGGCGGCGGCGGCGGUGGUGGUAGAGGUAGUGGCGGCAGCUGUGAAGGGGUUCCGGGAAGAUGGUGCUGAUUAAAGAAUUCCGUGUGGUUUUGCCAUGUUCGGUUCAGGAGUAUCAGGUUGGGCAGCUUUACUCUGUUGCAGAAGCCAGUAAGAAUGAGACUGGUGGUGGAGAAGGAAUUGAAGUCUUAAAGAAUGAACCUUAUGAAAAGGAUGGAGAAAAGGGACAGUAUACACACAAAAUUUAUCACCUGAAGAGCAAAGUCCCUGCAUUCGUGAGGAUGAUUGCUCCCGAGGGCUCCUUGGUGUUUCACGAGAAAGCCUGGAACGCAUACCCCUACUGUAGAACAAUUGUAACGAAUGAAUAUAUGAAAGAUGAUUUCUUCAUUAAAAUUGAAACAUGGCACAAACCAGACUUGGGAGCAUUAGAAAAUGUACACGGUUUAGAUCCGAACACAUGGAAAACUGUUGAAAUUGUCCACAUAGAUAUUGCAGAUCGAAGUCAAGUUGAACCAGCAGACUACAAAGCUGAUGAAGACCCAGCGUUAUUCCAGUCAGUCAAAACCAAGAGAGGCCCUUUGGGACCCAACUGGAAGAAGGAGCUGGCAAGCAACCCUGACUGUCCUCAGAUGUGUGCCUAUAAGCUGGUGACCAUCAAAUUCAAGUGGUGGGGACUGCAAAGCAAAGUAGAAAACUUCAUUCAGAAGCAAGAAAAAAGGAUAUUUACAAACUUUCAUCGCCAGCUUUUUUGUUGGAUUGACAAGUGGAUUGAUCUGACAAUGGAAGACAUUAGGAGAAUGGAAGAUGAAACUCAGAAAGAACUAGAAACAAUGCGUAAGAAGGGUUCCGUCCGAGGCACGUCGGCUGCUGAUGUCUAGAUGAGUCCCCCGUAGGGUCAGAGACAAUAUCAAACUGUUUACGUAAUCAAGGUCAAGUAAGGGGAACAAGUGCAGCCAGUGAUGAGUGAAGAAGAAUCUGACCAUGUCUUGCAGUGUUGACGUUUCCCAGACGUGUGCUUG